GGCCGUUUAACAGCACUGUGUCCGCUAGAUGGCUGUUGCAUGGAGAGGAGAGUCGAGGAAAAAUCAAUAGAAAUUUUCAGUUCGUGAAAUGCCUGGCUGCUCUGCUUGUUUUGCGUUAGUUUACAAUUAAUAACAGCAAUCGAACACAAUUGAAAUUCACACACGGGUUACAUAAAGUGCUGCAUCUACCACACAUACACGCACGCACACAUUCCUCGGCCAACACCCAAAAGAAAACCCAAAAAGCAGCAGCCCCAGCCGCAGCCGUGAGAAAGCCAAACGAAACGACACAAAUUCCAGCAAACUCUCUGCAAAAACAAUUUGGCUGCAUCGUUUCAAAAAGUCUUCUGCUGCCGAGAGAGCGAUAUUGUGAGUGAAUGUGAGAGAGCAACGGAACAUUAUUUUGUUUCUCGCAACCAAAUCAAAAUUUGUCAUUCAUCAGUCUCAGCAUUGGACUGCAGCAAGUGGAAACGUCGCACAGUUGUCGCCGCUAAUACUUACGCCCGCCAUUUGUUGUUGUUGGUGCUGCUGUCGUUGUUAUUGUAGUCGUUGAGCUUAAGCGAUAAGAGCGCCGCAUCGACUCGAGCGCUCGAACAGAUUUUUCUUCGCCCCGAGUUUGCAUAAAACCAGCGAAAAUUAACAAGCUAACUACAAUGGCGCCGGUGAGGGGGGAUGGCAUGAGAGGCCUGGCCGUGUUUAUAUCGGAUAUAAGAAAUUGUAAAAGCAAAGAAGCGGAGGUGAAGCGCAUAAACAAAGAAUUGGCUAAUAUUCGUAGCAAAUUUAAAGGCGAUAAAACGCUCGACGGCUAUCAGAAGAAGAAAUAUGUGUGUAAGCUGCUCUUUAUUUUUCUGCUUGGGCAUGACAUUGACUUUGGGCACAUGGAGGCCGUCAAUCUGUUGUCCUCCAACAAAUACUCAGAGAAGCAAAUCGGUUAUCUGUUCAUUUCGGUGCUGGUGAAUACGAACAGUGAUCUGAUCCGCUUGAUCAUUCAGUCGAUCAAGAAUGAUUUGCAGUCGCGCAAUCCGGUGCAUGUGAAUCUUGCUCUUCAAUGCAUUGCUAAUAUUGGUAGCCGUGACAUGGCCGAGUCCUUUUCGCAUGAAAUACCCAAGCUGUUGGUCUCGGGUGAUACUAUGGAUGUGGUCAAGCAGUCUGCGGCAUUGUGCCUGCUGCGUCUGUUUCGCUCUUCGCCAGAUAUAAUACCUGGUGGCGAGUGGACUUCACGCAUUAUACACUUGCUCAAUGAUCAGCAUAUGGGCGUGGUUACGGCAGCCACGUCGCUGAUUGAUGCGUUGGUCAAACGCAAUCCGGACGAAUAUAAGGGCUGCGUUAAUUUGGCUGUGUCGAGACUAUCACGCAUUGUUACUGCCAGCUACACGGAUCUGCAGGAUUACACUUAUUACUUUGUGCCGGCACCGUGGCUAUCGGUGAAGCUAUUGCGUCUGUUGCAGAACUAUAAUCCGGUGACUGAGGAAGCCGGCGUGCGGGCACGCCUAAACGAAACGCUGGAAACCAUACUGAAUAAGGCGCAGGAGCCGCCUAAGAGCAAGAAGGUGCAGCAUUCGAAUGCCAAGAAUGCUGUGCUAUUCGAAGCCAUCAAUCUGAUUAUACACAGCGACAGCGAACCGAAUCUCUUGGUGCGCGCCUGCAACCAGUUGGGCCAGUUCCUCAGCAAUCGAGAGACGAAUUUGCGCUAUCUGGCGCUGGAAUCAAUGUGUCAUCUGGCGACGUCGGAGUUCUCGCAUGAAGAGGUCAAGAAGCAUCAGGAAGUUGUCAUACUUUCUAUGAAAAUGGAAAAGGAUGUUUCGGUGCGCCAAAUGGCUGUCGAUUUGCUGUAUGCCAUGUGCGAUCGCGGCAAUGCCGAAGAGAUUGUUCAGGAGAUGCUUAACUAUCUGGAGACGGCCGAUUAUUCCAUUCGUGAGGAGAUGGUACUCAAGGUGGCCAUUCUGGCUGAGAAAUAUGCUACGGACUACACCUGGUACGUGGACGUUAUACUCAAUCUAAUACGCAUAGCUGGUGAUUAUGUGUCGGAGGAGGUCUGGUAUCGUGUCAUACAGAUUGUCAUCAAUCGAGAGGAGGUUCAGGGGUAUGCUGCCAAAACCGUCUUCGAGGCGCUGCAGGCGCCCGCCUGCCAUGAGAACAUGGUUAAGGUGGGCGGGUACAUAUUGGGCGAGUUUGGUAAUCUGAUUGCGGGUGAUUCUCGUUCGGCGCCACUCGUGCAGUUCAAGCUGCUUCAUUCCAAGUAUCAUUUGUGCUCGCCCAUGACGCGCGCUUUGUUGCUCUCCACGUACAUUAAGUUCAUCAAUCUGUUUCCCGAGAUACGCACCAAUAUCCAGGAGGUGUUCAGACAGCACAGCAAUUUGCGUUCCGCUGAUGCAGAACUGCAGCAGCGCGCAAGCGAAUAUUUGCAGCUAAGCAUUGUGGCGUCAACAGAUGUGCUGGCCACGGUGCUGGAGGAGAUGCCCUCAUUCCCGGAGCGUGAGAGUUCCAUUCUGGCCGUGCUCAAGAAAAAGAAACCAGGUCGUGUGCCCGAGAAUGAGAUACGAGAAUCGAAGAGCCCAGCGCCGACAUCCAUCACACAGAACAAUACGCAUGUCAAUCACAACAAUAAACUGAAUAGCAAUGCCAAUGCCAAUGCCGAUCUGCUGGGCCUCAGCACGCCGCCCGCGAACAAUAUUAACAAUUUGAGCAAUAGCAACAACUCGGCGUUGCUUGAUGUGCUGGGCGAUAUCUAUGGGAACAACAAUGCCGCCGUCUAUAACACCAAGAAGUUUCUGUUCAAAAAUAAUGGUGUGCUCUUUGAGAACGAGAUGCUCCAGAUUGGCGUCAAGUCCGAAUUUAGACAGAAUCUAGGCCGCUUGGGACUAUUCUACGGCAACAAGACGCAAGUGCCGCUAACGAACUUCAAUCCCGUACUGCAGUGGUCUGCCGAGGAGGCGCUCAAGUUGAAUGUCCAAAUGAAGGCCGUGGAGCCAACUCUGGAGGCGGGUGCACAAAUCCAACAGUUGCUAACCGCCGAAUGUAUUGAGGACUACGCCGACGCACCCACCAUUGAGAUCAGCUUCCGUUACAAUGGAACACAGCAAAAGUUUAGCAUCAAAUUACCACUGAGCGUGAAUAAGUUCUUCGAGCCAACCGAAAUGAAUGCCGAGUCCUUUUUCGCGCGAUGGAAGAAUCUCAGCGGCGAACAGCAGCGCGCGCAAAAGGUAUUCAAAGCCUCACAGCCGCUGGACUUGCCAGGUGCACGCAAUAAGCUAAUGGGCUUUGGCAUGCAGCUGCUCGAUCAGGUUGAUCCCAAUCCAGACAAUAUGGUCUGUGCGGGCAUUAUUCACACGCAAUCACAACAGGUGGGCUGCCUGCUGCGACUGGAGCCCAACAAGCAGGCGCAGAUGUUCCGAUUAACCAUACGCGCCAGCAAGGAGACAGUGACACGCGUGAUCUGCGAUCUGUUGGCGGAUCAGUUUUAAGCCAGGCUGACUCGAGCAGCAGCUACUUCUCUACGCAUGUAAUUGGGGAUAUGUCUAGGAGGGAGCUACUGCAGCGAACCACAUUUACAAUGCACAAUCCUAAUCACCUAAAGAAUGAUAUCAAAAACAAAGUAUAUAAUGACAUGUUUCCUCAAAUCUAUAUGCGACCUAUGUUUAAGCCGUUAAUUGUGCUACGUAUUUGUAUGCUACGACCACACCUCUACACAUGUUUACCUCCAACACUAGCACAGACAUAUGCCUAAACGCCUACACACGUACACUUACACCUACUAUACUACUCAGCAAUUUGCAGCGAGUUUUAUUUCUACCAUUUUCGGCGCCUGCAAUUUUCCACAUGUUUUAUAUAUUUCUUAUCGCGCUAGUUGUUAAAAUGCGUCUGAUUUUCCAUUUUCAAUAUAUUUACCAUUAUUAUUAUUAUUAUUUUUUGUAAUUGCUAACGA